AUGACCGUCCUCAACCUCCCCGGUGCCUUCAGCAAAAGCGACUCCGAUUCGGAUAGUGACAACUCGUCUCUUUUCGACUCGGCUCCUUCCAGUCCCACGUCGUCCACAGCAUUGAAAGAAGAACACAAACUCAAAAAACCCCCAGCCACAAACACCAAGGAACAAUACGAAUAUUCGUACCAAAACACCAUCGAGGCCAACCGGUCCAGCGAGCCUGUCAGACUGGUCAGCUUGUUGAAGCCCCAGAAUCCACGUAAAAAAAUCGAACAACAGCGCAGAUACUCCCUCACGCUGGCAGACCUUCGACUUCCUCCUGGCAAACUCAAUGCACAAAAGGAGUCCACCCGGCUCGAGUCUCGUGAACGGACCCUUUCUGCCAGAAAGCCGUCUCUGGGCCUGGUGCCUCGAGCCGCCAAUUGGCAGAUGCCUCCACAUAUCCAUACCCAACGCCGGAUGCAUCUGAGUGCUCCUUCGAGAAGCAGCACCUUGAGAAAGUCCAAGGAAGAGCUAGAUCCUGCCAAUGUGCUCAAGCUCAAGAUCUCGUGUCGAGAGUCGCUAGAAGAGAUUGUGGCGCUCAAGCUCCGCAAGGACCGGCUCCGGAGCACCAGUGAGCUUGUGGAUGUGAUUUUGUUCAAGCUAGCAGGCAAGUUGCCGUGUUCGAAAGACGGGGUGAAAAUCGCCCUAGUGUUCCCGGACCUGACGCUUCCGGGCGUGACUCUCAAGAGCCCUGGUGGCCGGAGCAACAAUUGUGAGUGUGAAGAUUUCAUGAUGGGAUACAUCCAGGCGAAGAGCAAGAUCUACGUCAGGGUCUCGUCGGGAAAGUAA